AUGCAAGUGAAUCUGGUGGGGAUUUUGAUUGAUUCACUGGGAACUUUGUAUCGUCACGGUGAUCGAACUCCAAUCUACACAUAUAAAGAUGAUCCAAACGUCAACAAAUGGGAUCUCCCAGCUGGAGCUCUCACUACGAUUGGGAUGGAACAGCAAUUCUUGCAAGGACAACGGCUGAAAAAGCGUUACGUUGGUCAACUCAAUUUCAUCAAUGGAUCCUAUAAUCCGAGAGAACUAUACGCUCGAUCAGCGGACACAUCCCGGUGCAUUCAAUCGGCCGGCGCGAAUCUCGCCGCUCUCUACAGUGGAUCCGUUGUACACCCAAAUACACCGGGAUGGCCAUCGAAUUGGAUGCCUUACCCGAUUCACACAUAUCCGUCGGAUAGUGAUACGCUCUGCGAAGAGGGUUCGAGUUCUUGCCAGCGAAUCGGUCUCCUUGAAUCGCGUCGACAAAGAGAGACUCCAUAUGUGCAAUAUUUGAUCAAAAAUCAGGAUUUUCUGAACCAAUUGACCCAAUGGUCGGGCGGGACAGUCAACGAUGCGGGGAGUAUCAAUCGAUUGUGGGAUACAUUGUAUUGUCAGAGAGCUCACAACAUGACGAUGCCGAGUUGGGCGACGAAUGACGUGUGGAAUCAGUUAAAUGAAAUGUUUAUUUACACGGAUGAUUACAAAGAUGGACUUGCUGUGCAACAAAUUGGCCCAAAUGACAACAAAGAGUUGUUGUCGUUGAGAAGCGGAGAGCUUCUAAAGCAAUUCAUCUCGAGUAUGAGCGACGUGCACGACUCAACAAUCAAAGCUCUCAUGAGAAUCUAUCACAAUGUGAAAUCGGUUCUAGGCACGAAUAACCCGGGUUACGCUUCUCAUUUGGUGCAUGAGCUGUGGAAAGACACGAAAGGAAACUAUUAUAUUCAGGUGUUAUUCUCCGAUAACGCCUACACAGAGUAUCGUCAAAUCACCUCAACCCUUGAUGGUUGUUCGAGUUUCCCAAAUGGAUGUCCAUUCAACAAUUUCACGACAUAUUAUUCCAGCUAUAUACAGGCUGAUUUUUGGAAGCAAUGUGCUCUGACAAGC